AUGGCGUGUGGUGAGACAAUUUCAGAAGCGUUACUGGUAGCAGCUAUAGAUUUGGGCACAACAUUUUCGGGAUAUGCAUUUGCUAUCAGAAAUAACUACAAAGUUGAUACUACAAGAGUGUCUGGUAGCCAUUGGCAUACAGGUUCACAGCCAGGUCUUUCCCUCAAAACACCAACAUGUAUUUUGUUUGAUCAAAAUCAAGUUUUUGAUUCGUUCGGCGGGGAAGCAGAAGAUAAAUAUACAGAGCUAGCACAAGAAGAAGAACAUAUGGACUGCUUCUUCUUUACACAAUUUAAUAUGCAACUGUAUGCCAAAAAGGUCUGUUAA